UAGUAGGAAACUAAAAUAGUAUUUAGCAAAUAUUUAUAUUCCCUUCUCCCCCGUUUAAUUAUUUUUAUUUUUUAAUCUAUAAACCCAUUUCUCCCCUAAAUUCCCUCCAAAAUUCCCUAGCUUUUCGCCUUUCAAUCUUCUUCAGAUUGGACUAAAGGACACUGUCUCAACGACGUCGUAUUCCAGCAAAGGUGGGAAAUUUGUUUAAUAAUUGAUGACAGCUCCAAGGGGACCUAGACCAGGGAAUGUACCACCCAAUUAUAAUCCUAAUGCACUUGCUGAUGGAAUGCAACAUUUGCAAAUUAAUAGACUGAAUCACCCACCUACAAAUCCCACUGGUGGUCCUAGGCCUAGCGCAACGCCUUUUGGGCAGCCGCAGGCACCCUCUUUUGCCCGUGGCCCCCUUGCGAAUCGUCCAGGACCUCCUCCACCUGGCACAUUCCAAAGGGGUCCUCCACAGACUACAUUGCCUCCAAAUAUAGUUUCUAGACCAAUCGGUCCUGAGAGUCCUGCCAUUCGACCACCACCUGGUGCUUUGCCUUCUGCACUAGGUCCUCGUGCCAGCCCACCAGGACCUUUUGCAGCUUCAACAGGUGCUCUUGUGCUGCCUUCAGGUGUUUCUAGUUCAGCUAGUAAUGGGCCACCUGCACUUGGUCCGGGGACAAUGCAGAGUGGACUGCAUUUUCCUCCUCCAAGCAAUACAAUGAGGCCACCAGCUGGAGCUCCUCCUUCUCAGCCUCCAGGGAUACGUCCACCCUUUGGCAGUCCACCAGCAAGCACAACGUCAGUUACUACACAACUGCCACCUCCAUUUCUGGGAUCAACUCAUAAUAUGUCACCUCCUUCAAGUUCAUCCCCAUUUGCAUCACCAGCCCAAGCCAUGCCGCCUCCUAUGGGUGCUCCUUAUGGAAUGCAGACAUGGCAAACGCAGCCCCGACGGGUUGCUCCGCCUUCUGCUGUCCCUGGUUCAAUGCAACCACAUAUGAUGUUUGGGAUGACAUCUCCACAUCCAAAUCAAGCAGAGGCUGCAAUAACUCCUAUGGGUCACGCUGGAUCUGUAUUAACUGGUCAAUCAAGAGUUGAUUCCAGUCAAAUUCCGCGUCCAAUUCCAAAUUCUGCAGUAAUCUUGCAUGAAACUCGUCAAGGCAAUAAAGCCAACCCCCCUCCGCCUGCCACCAGUGACUACAUUGUUUGGGACACUGGAAAUUGCAGCCCACGGUACAUGAGGUGUACUAUUAAUCAGAUUCCAUGCACCGUUGACCUUUUGACGACCUCCGCAAUGCAGUUGGCUUUGUUGGUCCAACCCUUAGCUCUUCCUCAUCCGUCUGAACAACCGAUUCAAGUUGUUGAUUUUGGGGAAAGUGGUCCUGUUCGUUGCUCUCGCUGCAAAGGCUACAUAAAUCCUUUCAUGAAGUUCAUUGAUCAGGGAAGACGUUUCAUUUGUAACUUAUGUGGAUAUACUGAUGAAACUCCUCGGGAUUAUCACUGCAACUUAGGUCCAGAUGGUAGGCGUAGAGAUGCUGAUGAAAGACCAGAACUAUGUCGAGGAACUGUUGAAUUUGUAGCUACUAAGGAAUAUAUGUUGCGUGAUCCAAUGCCUGCUGUAUAUUUCUUCCUUAUUGAUGUCUCCAUGAAUGCCAUACAAACUGGUGCAGCUGCAGCUGCUUGCAGUGCAAUAAGCCAAGUUAUUUCUGAUCUUCCCGAAGGUCCUCGGACAUUUGUUGGAAUUGCUACAUUUGACUCGACUAUCCAUUUUUACAAUCUAAAACGUGCACUACAGCAGCCAUUGAUGCUUAUUGUCCCCGAUGUCCAAGAUGUUUACACUCCCCUUCAGAGCGAUGUUAUUGUGCAACUCUCAGAAUGUUGUCAACAUCUAGAGCUUCUCCUUCAAAACAUCCCAACAAUGUUCGAACAUAACAGGACUGCUGAUUCAGCUUUUGGUGCUGCAGUCAAGGCUGCUUUCUUGGCAAUGAAGAACACCGGAGGGAAACUUCUUGUAUUUCAAUCAGUCUUGCCUUCUACCGGUGUGGGAGCCCUUUCUGCUAGAGAGGCUGAAGGAAGAAGCAUUGUAUCAGCUGCUGAAAAGGAGGCUCACAAAUUGCUCCAACCGGCAGACAAAACCUUGAAGACAAUGGCUAUCGAUUUUGCUGAGUAUCAAGUCUGUGUUGAUGUGUUUCUUACAACACAAUCAUAUGUAGACAUUGCUUCCAUUUCUGUCAUUCCUAAAACUACUGGAGGGCAGGUGUACUACUAUUUCCCUUUCUCUGCUAUUUCUGAUACUGCAAAGCUUUACAAUGAUCUUCGAUGGAACAUUACUAGGCCUCAAGGGCUUGAGGCAGUAAUGCAUGUAAGAUGCAGUCAGGGUCUUCAAGUUCACAAGUACUCUGGAAAUUAUUGUAAACGAGUUCCAUCAGAUGUUGACCUACCAGCGAUUGACUGUGGCAAAACAAUAAUGGUGACGUUGAAGCUUGACGACAAAUUGCAGGAUGGUUCAGAAUGUUCUUUUCAGUGUGCUCUCCUUUACACCACCAUCUAUGGCCAAAGAAGAAUCAGGGUUUCAACUUUCUCUUUGCCUUGCACCACUAUGCUUAGUGAACUGUUUAAAUCAGCUGACUUGGAUACCCAAUUUGCUUGCAUCUUAAAGCAAGCGGCCAGUGAAGUUCCAACAGCUCCUCUCCCACAAAUCCGAGAGCACGUGACAAACCAUUGCAUCAACAUUCUAUACUCUUAUCGUAAAUUCUGUGCUACUGUCUCAUCCUCUGGACAGCUUAUUCUUCCUGAGGCGCUUAAACUGCUUCCUCUUUACACACUGGCUCUUGUUAAAGGCACGGGAUUGCGAACUGAUGGACAGAUUGAUAAUAGGUCCUUUUGGAUUAAUUAUGUUUCCCCACUGUCCGUUUCAUUGGCUGUCCCUUGGGUGCUCCCUAGAUUGAUAGCCAUUCAUAACCUCAAUACAAAAGAGAACGAGGAAUCUCUUAUUCCUCCUCCUAUUCCACUUUCCAGUGAACAGAUUAGUGACAACGGUAUCUAUCUUCUCGAGAAUGGCGAGGACUGUUUAAUUUAUGUUGGGAACUCUGCAGAUCCUGGUGUUAUGCGUCAACUGCUAGGCAUUUCAUCUGUUCAAGAAGUUCCUGCACAGUUUGUUCUGCAGCAGCACGACACAUCCACUCUCUAAGAAGCUCAAUGAAAUCAUUAAUGAAAUUAGACGCCAAA